UGCGCAUGUUUACACCAUCAGCUGUCAAAUCCGUGUGCAGUUCAUUUUCGUCUGAAAAGGACCAACCACACUGACUUAACUCUGAAGCGCUUACAGUAGCACGCUACAGGACGGACUUUCUGGCAUCUGACCUUUUGCAGUGGAAUAGCGGAAUACCUCUUGAAGCAUCAUGAGUUCUGUGGCUGUGCUGACCCCGGAGAGCUUUGCGGAGCACCGCAGCGGGCUGAAGGACCAGGAGAUCUCCGGUGGGGUGCCUGAGGAUGAGGCGUACAUCCCCACCUACCUGGAGGCCUUCCCCCCGCUGCCUGAGAAGGGGGCCCCGGGGGAUCGCUCCGGGGAGCCGGCUGGGGCCUGGAACCGCAUACGACCCAUCAAGGCAUCUGUCAUCACCCAGGUGUUUCACGUGCCCCUGGAGGAGCGGCGCUACAAGGACAACAGCCAGUUUGGGGAGGGCGAGGAGGCCAAGGUGUGCCUGGACAUCAUGCAGAAGACCGGGGCGCACAUCGAGCUCUCGCUGGCCAAGGACCAGGGCCUCUCCAUCAUGGUCACCGGCAAGCUGGACUCGGUCAUGAAGGCCCGCAAGGAGAUCGUGGCUCGCCUGCAGACCCAGGCGUCGGCCACGGUGGCCAUCCCCAAGGAGCACCACCGCUUCGUGAUUGGCAAGAGCGGCGAGAAGUUGCAGGAGCUGGAGCUGAAGACGGCCACCAAGAUCGCUAUCCCGCGCCCCGACGACCCCAGCACCAACAUCCGCAUCACCGGCACCAAGGAGGGCAUCGAGAAGGCCCGUCACGAGAUCCUCCUCAUCUCCGCAGAACAGGACAAGCGUGCGGUGGAGCGCCUCUCCCUGGAGAAGGCCUUCCAUCCGUUCAUCGCGGGCGCCCACAACCGGCUGGUGGCCGAGCUGAGCCAGGAGACCGGGGCGCGCAUCAGCAUCCCGCCACCCAGCCUGCCCAAGGACGAGAUCGUCAUCACGGGGGAGAAGGAGGCCGUGGCCCUGGCCGUCGCACGCAUACGAGCCAUCUACGACGACAAGAAGCGCAAGACGACCACCAUCUCGGUGGAGGUGAAGAAGUCUCAGCAUAAGUACAUCAUCGGGCCCAAGGGCAACACCCUGCAGGAGAUCAUGGAGAGCACGGGGGUCUCCGUGGAGAUGCCCCCCCUGGACUCGGGAUCGGAGACCAUCAUCCUCAGAGGAGAGCCCGACAAGCUGGGGCCCGCCCUCACACAGGUCUACGCCAAGGCCAAGAGUGUGACGGUGGUGGAGGUGAGCGCCCCCGCCUGGCUACAUCGCUUCAUCAUCGGGAAGAAGGGACAGAACAUCGGACGCAUCACACAGCAACUACCCAAGGUCCACAUUGAGUUCACAGACGGUGAGGAGAAGAUCAGCCUGGAGGGGCCUACAGAGGAGGUGGAGCUGGCCCAGACCCAGAUCCAGGAGAUCGUCAAAGACCUGCUGUCCCGGAUGGACUUCACUGAAGUGAACAUCGACCAGCGCUUCCACAGACACCUCAUUGGCAAGAACGGAGCAAACAUAAACCGUAUUAAGGAGCAGUAUAAGGUGUCGGUGCGUAUCCCGCAGGACUCGGAUCGGAGUGGGCUGGUGCGCAUCGAGGGGGAUCCUCAGGGGGUGCAGCUGGCCCGCAGGGAACUCCUGGAGAUGGCCCAGCGCAUGGAAAACGAGCGAACCAAAGAUUUGAUCGUGGAACAGAAAUUCCAUCGGACUAUCAUCGGCCAAAAAGGGGAAAAAAUCAAAGAAGUGCGGGACAAGUUUCCAGAGGUCAUCAUCAAUUUCCCCGACCCGUCCCAAAAGAGCGACAUCGUGCAGCUCCGGGGUCCCAAGAACGAGGUGGAGAAGUGCGGCAAGUUCCUGCAGAAGAUGAUCGCUGACCUGAUCGAAAACAGCUUCUCCAUCUCAGUGCCCAUCUUCAAGCAGUUCCACAAGAACAUCAUAGGCAAAGGAGGCGCCAACAUCAAGAAGAUCCGCGAAGAGACCAACACGAAGAUCGACCUGCCGACGGAGAACAGCGACUCAGAGAUGAUCGUCAUCACAGGGAAGAAGGCCAACUGUGAGGCGGCACGAGAACGCAUCCUCACCAUCCAGAGAGACCUGGCCAACAUCAAGGAGACGGAGGUGACCAUCCCGGCCAAGCUGCACAACUCCCUGAUCGGCUCCAAGGGCUGCCUGGUGCGGGCGGUGAUGGAGGAGUGCGGCGGCGUGCACAUCCACUUCCCCUCCGAGGGCUCGGGAUCCGACCGCGUCACCAUCCGCGGCCCUGCGGGGGAGGUGGAGAAGGCACGCAAGCAGCUGCUGCAGCUCGCUGAGGAGAAGCAAGUGGCCAACUUCACGGUGGAGCUGGCGGCCAAGCCCGAGUACCACAAGUUCCUGAUCGGCCGCGGCGGCGCCAACAUCCGGCGGGUGCGCGACCGCACGGGCGCCCGCAUCAUCUUCCCCUCCCCCGACGAGCCCGAGCAGGAGCUCAUCACCAUCGUGGGCCGCGAGGAGGCCGUGCGGCUCGCCCAACGCGAGCUGGAGAUACUCGUCAAGAACCUGGACGACGUGGUGGAGGAUGGCAUGGUGGUGGAGGUGCGUCACCAUCGCCACUUCGUGUGUCGCCGGGGGCAGGUGCUGCGGGAGCUGGCGGAGGAGUACGGGGGCGUGGCCAUCAGCUUCCCCCGCACCGGCACGCACAGCGACCGCAUCACGCUCAAGGGGGCCAAGGACUGUGUGGAGGCCGCCAAGAGGCGCAUCCAGGAGAUCAUAGAGGACCUGGAGGCGCAGGUGACAGUGGAGGUGACCAUCGCCCAGAGGCACCACCGGGCCGUCAUGGGCCCCAAAGGAUGCCGCAUCCAGCAGAUCACGCGAGACUUCGAGGUCCAGAUCAAGUUCCCUGAGAGAGAGGAGACGACAGUGUCGUCAUCAGCAGGUCAGGAGGCUGUCCAUCCGCAGGAGAACGGUGACGCCAGCCCCGAGGCCGAGCAGGCCCCCCGCAAGUGUGACAUCAUCGCCAUUUCGGGCCGGGAGAAGAAGUGCGAGCUGGCUCGACAGGCCCUGCUGGCUCUGGUGCCUGUGACGAUAGAUGUAGAGGUGCCUUAUGAUCUCCAUCGGUACAUCAUCGGCCAGAAGGGCAAUGGGAUCAGGAAGAUGAUGGAGGAGUACGAGGUGAACAUCUCUGUGCCUCAGCCUGAUCAGCAGUCUGACGUGAUCAAGAUAACAGGUCAGGUGACCAACGUGGAGCAGGCCAAGCUGGGGCUGCUGGAGAGAGUCAAGGAGCUGCAGGCAGAGCAGGAGGACCGGGCCCUAAGAAGCUAUAAAAUCACGCUCUCCGUACCGCCAAAGUUCCAUCCCAAAAUCAUCGGUCGCAAAGGAGCCGUCAUCUCCCAAAUCCGCAAAGACCAUGACGUCAACGUGCAGUUCCCCGACAAGGGAGACGAACAGCAGGACGUGAUUGUGAUCUGUGGUUACGAGCGUAAUGCUGAGGAGGCGCGGGUGGCCAUCGAGCAGCUGGUGGCGGAGCUGGAGGAGAUGGUCAGCAAUGACGUCACGCUAGACCACCGCGUACACGCACGCAUCAUAGGGGCCCGCGGCAAGGCCAUACGCAAACUCAUGGACGAGUUCAAGGUGGACAUCCGGUUUCCUCAGCCCGGCUCCGAUGAGCCCGACCGAGUGACUGUGACUGGCUUGCCCGAAAACGUGGACAACGCCAUCGAUCACCUCCUCAACCUGGAGGAGGAAUAUAUGCUGACGGUAACUGAGUCAGAGACCAUGGCUGCUUACAUGAAGCCCCCAUCCCGGUCGACGGGUGGGGGGAUGGGGGGCGGAGAUGACGACAGCAAGGGGGCUGCUAAAGGCUUUGUGGUGCGAGACGCUCCCUGGAACGCACCGGGCAGCAAGGCUCCGGACAUGAGCAGUGCUGAGGACUUCCCCACCUUCGGCAGCGGAGUGGCCCCCAAACAGACCUCCGCCUGGGGCCCCAAGAAGUUCUGAAACAGAGGCAUAGCUGAAACACAAGCGCAAAAUGGGAGAGACUACCAGGGAGAAGAAAUGGACUCUUAUUCCUCUAAUGCCAUUGUGCCCCAUCCCUGUUUCUUUCUUUCUUUCUUUCUUUCUUACCUUUGAUCAUCCGUCCUUUUCAGCAUUCCCUUGAGUACGGAGGACGUCCCUCAAAACAGUGGCCUCAGCCCAGUCCAUAAGCUCUCCUUCUCUCCCUUUCUUUCGCUCUCUCUAUCUCUCUAUAUUUGUCUUUCUCUGUUCGUCCUCUGCAGGCGUUUUCAGUCGCUUGUUCCGCAGUCUUGGGGGUGGGGUGGGGGGGAUUUCUGAUGCUGCUACUGCUGCACACAAACACACUGGACCAUAAGAAACCUCCCAACAUCAUCCUGUCCCCGUGUUCCUGUACUGUACUCUCUUUUACUUCGAAAUCCUUGGAUACAGGCUCCAAUUCAAUCACUCUUAAUGAAGGAAAAAAGUUUAAAUGUGUAUGGGGCAGGGAGGUCUUUUUAAAAUGGCGUUUUUAAUGUAAACAGAUCCUCAGAGAGGAUGGAUUUUAAAUUCCUUUUUUUAUUUACAGACCAAAAUGAUAGGAAAUGUAAUGUGUGUUUGAUCUUUGUUUUGUUUUUAUUUUGUUUCAUUAUUUCCCCAAAAAAAGAAACUCUUCAAAAAGCAUUUUUGAAAAAAGAAGCUCUUCAAAAAGCAUUUUUG